CACGACAGUUUAUUAUCACGAUUAUUUUUGCUUUGAGGUAAAAUCACGAGCACCAAAGUGUCCCCUCUGAUGUUUGCUGUAACUGUUCAGGUCACAGCGAGGUGUGGACACACAGAAAGGAAGCAAUGCAGAAGGAGAAAACGUGCACGUGCGCGUGGCUGAGAGUGAGAAGAGGGAAGUCGAGGUUGUCUGUAAGAGAGGACGUGCGCAGAAUGGGAAGCACUCUUCACCGCGGCCCUGAGAGGAGCAGCCCGGGCUCCUGUGACAGACUCUGAUUCAGCAUGCAGAGGUGGAACAGCUGCUGUCUGUGAGCCUGACACCAUCUAAUCCAGCAGACAUGUUAACUGCAGGCCUCGUGGUCGGACUGCUCGGUGCCCUCAUCUCGGGUCAGCGAGCGGAGCUCCUCGGUGCCACUGUUGGAGGCUCUGUGCUGGUUCCCUGUAAACUCCCAGCUCCACUAAGCCUGAAGUGGUUUUACUGGCAGGAGGACGAGACUGAAAACAUUUUGAUUCAUUGUGAUCAAACUUGUGAUACAACAACUGAAGUCUACAGGAACAGAGUUACAGUCUUUGCUUCUGAGUUUGGAUCGGGGAACAUCUCCAUUAAACUUCACAGUGUUACAGCUGCAGAUGACCAGAAGUCGUUCUGGGUCAUGGCUUCCUUCAAAGACAGAUGUGAGCGCUGCUGCAACUCAACACUGCAGGUUUCAGCUCCUUACAGAGGUAUAAACCUGACCAUUGACACAGCAGACACUGCGACCUGCACAGCGCGUGGAGGAUACCCUGAAUCCAGCGUGUCAUGGUCAGGUCAAAACAUGACCAGUGGUGAAUAUGUGGACCUGCAUGAAUACAAACCGACCCACGAGAGGGACGCAAAGGAUGGAACCUUCACUGUAAGGAGCUCCGUCAGUGUGAAGGAGCUGGUGUCUGUGACCUGCCGCAUCACCAACCCUCGCUCCAACCAAAGCAUCAACAGCACCACAGAGAUGGACAGAGAUGGUGCUGGUCCAGACACAAAUCCAGGAGUGCACUCAUCCAUAAGUCUAGUGUCUGUCUUAAUAGUACUAGUACUACUAGUAAUAGCAGUAAUAGCAGUAGGCAAAUACAUCUGCUACAAGAAAUGCUGCAAAUCUGGAGAUGAAUCCAAUGGACAACUGAAUGGAGAACAGCCAGGAGGUGAAAACCAUGCAGAUCAACAAAUGGAGCUCCAAGAAGAACCUCAAGAGGCAGCAAAUGAAGGGAACACAGACCACGAGGAUCCACAGCAUGAAGAGGAGCAGGGAGAUGCACAUCGAGACAACGAGGACCUAAACCUUCUACGUGGAGCAGAAAACCAGGAGCACCGCCCUGCAGGUGGUGCAGAGGAAGGCGGAGGCAGCGUGCAGGCAAACACAGGCUAAACUGAGGAUGGGUUCAUUGUUCGACUGCACUCACACACGCUGUAAUCAAGACGACGGCUGUGCGGCCGACACACCAGAGGCAUCGCCAGAGUUGUUUCCUGAAGAGAUUAAACCUUUUUAUUUGCACAGUUCAGUUUAAAAUGACCUGUUAUUGGCUCUUUCUUAGUGCCAACGAGUUCUUCUCCAGGCUUGGCUGACUCAGUGAAACCUACUGUAAAAUCAGUGAAAGAUGCAGAGAGCGGGCGGUGCUGUCUGCACUGUGUGAACAUCAGAAUGACCCAAAACGUUCUGUUUGAGCUCUGCUUUUGCUUCAAGACGCCAAGAAGGACAAAACGAUCAAAUGAACUGUGAGCCGGUGAAGCUGCUGUGACUGACUGAGCUCAGCUCUCCUCGAGCAAUAAAACGGAUUUCGUGUUUUUAUUGUUUUCCAGCUGAACUGGGUCCGAUCAGCUGCACUGUUUUCUUGUUUGUCACUUUAUUUAAAGAAAAGAUUCUGAACUUUAAGAGUCUUCAAUCCAGAAUUUCAUAACUUAAUGCUGUUUUAGAUGUUAGCUGACAUCUGCUGUAUGCGGUAAAUACAGAUUAUAGGAGGCUGAAUCCAUCUUUGCUGUGUGAGAAUGAGGAGCAGUGAAUUGGUGCUAGAAGACUAAUAAUGAUGACGAUGAUUCGGCAGCAUGUAAAUGUAGUGUUGCUAUGAACAUGUUCACAACAGUUUUUUACUUCAUCUUUUAUAUAUUUAUUUAUACAUUUUAAUUUGUGUGCCUUCGAUACACAGCUGGUACAGUAACACACUGACAAACACGAAACACUGGAAAUUUAGGGACAGAGGGGUGAAAGAGGCAAAAGGACAAUUUAUGCAUGAUCCAUGUGGUCAGAUGUUCAUAUGCUGUGCUCACUGACACUGUGUAGCUGGUAAUACUGACCAGGGAGCAGAAAGGAAGCAACGUUUUGCAGGUCAUUUCAGAUGCAUCAGCUAAACAAACACAAACUGUUUCUAUGCAGUCAGUGUGUCUGACAGCUAAAGGUCCAACUCACAGAGAAACGAAACUAACUCCACUCAGAGAUGGAGAAAGAUGAGAAAGGAAGAAGAGAGCUUCGAUUUAAAGGGAAGGAGUGCUCAUUUAAAGCUUACAUGUCAGUCCUCAUGUUUUUGAAUCAGUCCAACAGAUCAGAACUGUCAGAGUUAUUUUCCCAACUGGACCAUUACUGCAUUUGUUAUAAUGGUCCACUUGAGUCCACGAGUCGGAAUUUAUUAAACUUUUUUAUUUAUUUAUUUUUUAAAUUUUGAGUUUGUACAACCACAACGUAGGAGACCGGGGGACGGAAAAGAGAAAGGAGGCGAGGAGACGAGGCACUCCCCCAGCAGCUGGCUAGGCCAAAGCACUUUCCCCACGCUCCCCCACCCCCCAGUGCCCCGACUGUACUCAUUUUUCUGUUUAGUUGUAUUAUUUUAUUUUUACAUUAAUAUGGGCACAAGGUUCAGUUCCCUUUGCAUCAAACCAGCGGAGCUAUUUUUUUAUUUUAUUUUACAUUUCAGAGCUGGUACUUUUUUACUUUGACUUGAAUAAAGAGGUUGAAUCAGUA